CAGAGUUUGGGUAUUGCGCAUGCGCGCAUAUGAUCUUCCAGUCCCGUAGGUGGUGCUGCUGCCUUUUAGGCCUCUUCCUCACGCGGCGUGACAUUGAGAAGAAGUUCCUCCGGAUAGCGGCCGUUUGGCAUCAUGAGGCUGACAGCGGUGCUGUCCAUGGCCGCUCGGGUGGUGGUGCCCAAGGACUACCGCUACGGCACCAACAGGCCGUGGACCGCGGCUGCCAAGCGUCUUAAUCCGCCAGGCAAGAGGCGGAACAAGGUGUUCGUGGAGCCCAUCGCCAACGAGGACUGGUCUGUGUUCCGAGGGGACACGGUGGAAAUUCUGUCUGGGAAGGACAAAGGCAAACAGGGGAAAGUCACCCAGGUCUUCAGACGCAGAAACUGGGUCAUACUGGAGGGUCUAAACACACAUUACAGAUACAUCGGGAAAAGCGGCGAUUACCGCGGCACCUACAUCGCCAGCGAGGCUCCCCUCCUGCUGCGGGACAUCCGCCUCGUCGACCCUGCCGACAGAAAGCCGACCGAGGUGGAGUGGAGGUUCACCGAAGAGGGCGAGCGGGUUCGAGUGUCGCUUCGGACCGGUCGCAUCAUCCCCAAGCCGGUGGUGGAGCGACCAGACGGCAUUGUGCCUCAGCAGUGGAAAGACGGUCCCAAAGACACCAGUCCAGAGGACACGCUGGAGAAGACCUACACGCCCUCCCUGAAGACUCUUGAGGAGGAAGUCAUGGAGAAGAUGGGCAUCCAGGAGAACAGGAGGCAUCAGCGGUCCUACUGGUACUGAGCGUUUCUCCGGUACACGCCACAGGAUGAUUUGUUUCAAAUGGACUGGAUGUUGUGAUAUCAUGAAUAAAUGAUGCAAUUCAUGCGCGAUGCAUUUCUCUGUCCAAGUCGAGCAGUCUGACUUGAAUGUUCACGUGUUUUUGACAAAACAAAUACAAUCCUUUGUGGCUGCUCUUUUAUUUUUGGUGAAUUUCCUUUUCUUGUUUACUGCGCGGUAAAACUUAAGGCCGCUUUUAAAAACCAAAGGCAGCCAUAUAAUUUCGAAAAGUAACGAGUCAGGAAUUUUCACCGUGAGACAAAGUGACAGAAGGGAUUGGACUUGAUGUUUCUCACAUGGCCACAAGUCUGAAUUCCUGCAGUGAAUGCUGCACUUUAUUGGUUUAUUAUGUAUGGGGGGCCGAGGAGGGAGGUAAAGCAACACUGCGUUGGGCUUGUAAAUUAUUAUUCUGCUUUUUAAAGCAGCUUGCUGGCCUUCAAGUGCCAAUUACUACACCGUUAUUAUGCUAAUCAUUCCUUAUUAUUUCAUAAAAGGCCCACUUGCAAUAAAACUUUCUUUUACAGCGCAUACCCCCUCCAGCAUCCACUUAAUGCGCCCCCUCAAAAAUUUACUGUAGUGACUGAUGCAGCCUUAACAUCAGGACUCAUUCGUAGAGAUUUUUGAAGGCUUUUGAAUUGCUGUUCUCUGUCGUGACUGAUGUACAACCCAGAUGAGGGAAAAAAAAGCUUUCCCUGACU